AUGCCAGGCCCAACGAUGCGCGAUCCUUCCGUCCAAGCCUCUCGACGUCGUCGGCUCUCCCUCAAAGCGCUCAAGAACCCCUUUCGCCGAACUUCCGACACACCCAGCUUCGACUUUCCGGCUUUCGAACCUCCUCCUUUGCCUGGUCCCGACGACGACCUCCCUCCUUCACCUCCGAGGGUCGAGAUACGCGUUGAGAGGGCGACAGCGAAUGGGUUGUCGAAGAAGUUGAGGAGGAGAAGCUUGAUUGAGCGUGUGCAGGGGGAGAAGGAGUUGGUGGCUGAGCAGAAGGCGAGGAAGGAGCGUGGAAGCGAUAGGCGCAAGUCAAGCCUGUCGACGGCGUGUGAUGCGGCGGAGAUCAAGGAGCGGUGGAUGAGGCAGCAAGAUGCGGUCGUCCUCGCCAAGGACCUCGAGGUCUCGCUCCUCGUUCCGCCUGCGUCCGACACGCCCAGCAGCAACUUCCGCUUCCCUUCGCUUGAACCGAGUCCUCGAGGGAGCAGCGUCCAGCAUGGCUCGCCUUCGCCUCGACAAGCGGACGGACCUUUCCCAACUCUGCCUUACUCGACCUACACUCCGCCUGUCGAACCUCCAGCUUCACCGACGACCCGAGACAUCAUGAGAACAAUGGCGAAGCCCUUCCCUUCGAAGCCCGUCGCACCGCGCGCAAUCGACCACUCUCGUAACCAGUCGACGACCGAUUCGCUCGUAACUCCCGCUUCCUCCACCGACCUGGACGAGACGCGCCAGCUCUCCUACAUGUUCCCGGUACCUCCGGAACGCCCGCAAGACUCGGAUGCAAUCCUCGUCUCGCCAAAGGAUGCCUUUGGCCCUCGCCCUCUACGAGCGGAGCAACGACCAGUCUCGGCGGUCGAAGCCUCGUCGACGGCUCGACCUUGGACGCCCGUUGAACAGCGACGACCUUCCUCAAUGUCCUUUCUUCCCGCUGCUCCUGUCCCGUUGCGCCGACUCUCCCGCGCCGGUACCUCCGACUCCCUCGACCUCGCGACGACCUCGUCGCAAGCCAGGGGAGGAAGCACAGCAGGCGUCGUCCGCCGACCCAUCUCGAUCCCUUCGCAACGAGGCGGCCAGCGAAUCAGCGCGUCGCUCCUCCUUGCAGGCGACGUGCCCGCGCCCGUGCACGGCGCAGGAAGCGUUCGAGGGCAGGACCGCGCGAGUUGGGCGUCGAUGCAGUCGCAGGCUUCGAGCGGGAGUGGGAGAGGCGGGUCGGGAGGAGACCAGCGGCGGUCGAGUAAGCGGUUGAGCAGGGCGGAGGGUUGGUAUGAGGAGGACGAGGAGCAAGUGGAGCGCGUGCAGGACCAUGUGCUCGAUCCGAAGAUGGAGGCGCUCGUACGCGAGUUGGGUAUCUGA